AUGUCUUCAUCCAAACCAACUCUACAAGCUCUGGCGAAAAUGGAGGAGCUUCCAGUACUUCCGCUAUCCUAUAGCCCAGCAAAUUCAGAUGAUUCAGCAAAACAACUGGUGUAUACUUUACUGCCCCAGUGGGACCCCGCCAACGGAGGAAGGGGCAUCACUCUCGUGAGAUUCACAGAUGGAAUCACUAACACUCUUCUCAAAUGUGUCCACAAUCCUCCAGAGGGUGUGUCCCCAGCCGAAGCGAAGGAGCUUGCAGACGAGGAGUCGGUCCUCUUGCGCGCAUAUGGGAGAGACACCAGCAUCCUGAUUGAUCGUGAACGCGAAUGCGCAUCCCACCUUCUCCUCUCCCGACACAAUCUGGCGCCAGCACUCCUUGCACGCUUCGAAAAUGGUCUACUCUACAAAUUCGUUGCCGGCAGAGUUUGCACGGUCCCGGAGAUGUCCCAGCCCAGCAUUUGGAAGGCUGUCGCCGCACGACUGGGUGAAUGGCACGGCACUCUUCCGACUAGCACCACCCCGCCGUCAUCUCCGGCCUCGUCGAGCUCAGCUUCUUCAUCUGAGCCAGACGUGACUCUCUGGAAUGUGUUGCAGAAAUGGAUUAGCGCAUUGCCAGAGGCGAGCAAGUCCCAGAAGGAGAGGAAGGAGCUGCUCCAAAACGAGCUGGAUUUACUGCAAUUGGGAGAGGAUGAAGGCGGAUUCAACAUCAAGGGACAGGAUGGUGGAAUGGGAGCCGUGGUUGGACAUUGCGAUUUGCUAAACGGAAAUGUCAUCAUAUUGCCCGAGGAUGAUGGCGUUACAUCUGCGAGCGGGAAUACGAAGGUUCAUUUUAUCGAUUACGAAUACUCCACUCCCUGUGAGCGUGCUUUCGACAUCGCCAACCACUUCGCUGAAUGGGGCGGUUUUGAUUGCGAUUACAAUCUCAUUCCAACUCGCUCUACUCGUCGCGAGUUCAUCCAGCAUUAUCUUCAGAGCUUUCAUCAGCACCGUAACUGCUUUCACAGCGCGACUCUGGAAGCUGAAAUUGAGAGCCUCAUGGCCGAGGUAGAUCUGUUCAGAGGUGUUCCAGGAUUUUACUGGGGUAUCUGGGCACUCAUCCAGGCUGAGAUCAGUCAAAUUCACUUCGACUAUAAAGGAUAUGCUGAGAUCAGGUUGGGCGAGUACUGGGAUUGGAAAGCUGAGAAAGAGGGUACCAGGGUUGGGGAGAUUGGUAUCAGAGAAAAGAGAUGGGCAAUGGAGUAG